AUGGAACAGUUAUUUUGGGAGAGAGCAGUAUCAAUUGUGUUCGUUUUCUUUGCUAUCAGAUUUCCCAGGGCAGUAGCUACUAAACCAGCAGUUCCAGCAUUGUUUUCAUUUGGAGACUCAAUUCUUGAUACGGGAAACAAUAACAAUCUUCAAACGAUGAGCAAGUGUAAUUUUCCACCCUAUGGAAGGGAUUUCCCUGGAGGAGUACCUACAGGAAGAUUCUGCAAUGGAAAAAAUCCCACAGAUUUGAUAGCAUCUGCAUUGGGAGUAAAAGAAACAGUGCCAGCAUAUCUUAGCACCACCUUGACUCCUCAAGAUCUCAUCACUGGGGUUUCCUUUGCUUCUGGUGGUUCUGGGCUAGAUGAUCUCACUUCUCAAGUACAGGGAGUUAUAACGACGCCAGCCCAACUGGCGAUGUUCAAAGAAUACAUAGGAAAGCUGACAGCAGUGGUGGGACAACAACGUGCGAGUGAGAUCCUAGCCAACAGCAUCUUCCUUGUUUCUGCUGGCAACAACGACGUUGCCUUCACCUAUUCUUUCCUUCUUGCCACAACACGUCCUUUCCCUGUAUAUGUCUCCUAUUUAAUUUCCCUCGCUAAAAACUUCUACAAGAAUCUAUAUGAUCUUGGAGUACGAAAAGUGUGGGUAUUAAGCACAUUGCCACUGGGAUGCUUACCUGGAGGUAGAACAACAGGUGGGGGGCCAUUGAGAUUUUGUGCAGAACUUGCGAACAUGGAAGCACAGACAUUCAAUGGGCAGUUAUCAGCAGCAGUUGAUUCUCUCAGAGCCAGUCUUCCAAAUUAUGACAUUAGAUUCGUGGAUGUUUAUACUCCUUUUCUUAGUAUUAUUAAUAAUCCACAGGCAUCAGGGUUUACAGACGCCGGUGAAGCGUGUUGUGGGACUGCUGCAUUUGGAGGAGUUUCAGGGCUGUGUAACCUUCUGGAAAUAUGUCCAAAUCCUUCUACUUACAUUUUCUGGGAUUUUGCUCAUCCAACCGAGAGAGCUUAUCAGCUUGUGGUAAAUUCUAUUCUUCAGAAAAUGAACAUGAACACUUCUAUCACAAAUUAA